AUGUCAUCAUCAUCAUCGUUUCUUGAAUAUGCACAUAUCACGUUAUCGAAACAACAUUGGUAUAUGAAUCAUCUGUUGCCUGAACAUUUGAUUCGUAUUGUAUGGUGUUUAAUUUUAAUGUGUAUCUAUGCUUUUGUUGAACUUGAGUAUUUACCUGGGAAGCAAUGGAAAAUUCGUAGAGAUUUGCAUACAUCGCCACAAGAAAUUGCGUACUACAUUAAAUCAUCAUUUCUUAAUAUGCUUAAAUGGCAUGUUGGUCCAUUGAUAUUGUACGACAUAUUUUUAUAUGAACCAAAUUUACACGUAUAUGAAGUACCAACUUUGUGGACAUUGCUAUGGAAAUCAGUAGGUUAUACCAUCAUUUUUGAUGUGUUCACUCAUUUAUUUCAUCAUGUUACUCAUCUUCAUCCACGUGUUGCUUCGUUCUUUCAUCGAGCACAUGCGAAACAUCAUGCUAGUUGUCAAAGAUAUAUUUAUCCUUGGAAUGGUUUUUAUGCCAGUGCAUUCGAAGCUUUUGCUGGACUGAUAUUCUUCUUAGUAGCCAUGAUUCCUCUACAAAUGGAUCCUUUAACUCGUCUUAUAUCUAUUCUAUUUAUUCAUUUUGUGGCAACAAAUAUUCAUUCAGGCUAUGAUUUUCCAUGGAUGUUUCAUAAUUGGAGUUAUGUCGGUCGGUAUGUAUGGCACGGCUCAGUUGGUCAUUAUUAUCAUCAUCAAUUUGGUCGAAAGAAUUUAUCAACUUUUUGGACAUUUCUUGAUCGAUGGUCUGGGACUUAUUAUGACAUUGUAUCUCAUUCUCCAAGCCAUCCUAAUGAAUUUAUAUAUCAACGAACAAAGGUGUGUUCCUAA